AUGGUCCGGGACGGCAGUAUCGUCGCCUCCACGAUCGCCCUCCUCGAGAGGCAGCUGGCGAGGACAUCUUCGUCCAGGGAAAAUCUAGAUUCGAGUAUGGAUGAAUCGACAAUUAAGUAUAACAGUUCAACUGAUUCUGGAAAAGAUGAUCAUUCUCUCACUACCAGCAACUCAUCAAUUACAUCUUCUUCAGAUAAGGACUAUAAUAAUUGUGAAGGUGACACUGUUUGCUGCAAAGAUGAUUUCCAUUGGGUCAGUAGCAGCAGCAAGAAUCAAUCUCUAAAUGAGACAUAUAAUGAAAGCGAGAGAAGAGGAAGGGAGAGGAAGAAAGUUGAAGAAGUAAAGUUGCGAAAAAUGUCAACUAGCUUGGACAGAGGUGGAAGAAAGAGAGAAAAGAGAGAUCAUAAAUGUAGGUCCAGCUAUUUUUCCCAGUCUCCAGGUCGUGGUGACUGUUCUUGCCAUAUGGGGGAAUACGUCCCUCCUCAAUAUUGGCCUCCGUCUAUAGACUACAGGCAUUGCCAAAAGGACUAUUUCCACUUUUACAGGCCGUUUCCAUGUGAUUAUUCAUACCGAUGUCCGAAGCCCACUACAGAUAUUCAGGAGCAAGUAAGAAGGCUUGAAAGUGACAGGGAAUCACUGACCCUGCAAGUAGCCGUACUUACAGACCAAGUUGAUGCUCAAGCUGAAAAGAUAUCCGAUCUAGAAAGGAUGAUUGAAAGUCAGAAAAGGCAGUUGACUACUUCAGAAGACAUUCUCCAAAGAGAAAUGCUGACAAGAUCUUCGCUUGAAACGCAGAAAUUGGAGUUAUUGGCUGUUGUUUCUGAACUGAAACGUCAUGAAACUGCUCUGGAAAGGGAUAACAUAGACCUUAGGGAAAGGUUAGCAGAAGAAAGGAGGAAAAACAAACCACCUUUAGCUCCAAGAAGCCAUCUCUACCCAACAUCAGCAUCUACACCAAAUGCUCUGGAUAAAGCUCGAGGUCUUUCACCUUCUCCCAGUCCUGUAUCGAUAGGCCAUGGAGUAAGAAAAUUGGAUUAUGAUUCAACACCUACGUCACAAAGGCAGGCACUUGGAGCUGGCUAUAGAAGCCUUCCCCGAGAACAAGUUAGUGGGGGAGACUCAGGACUAAGGAGAGCUGUUGUCUUCGGUAGGCCAACUGACCAUCCGCGAUGCUCCUCCGUCCCUAAUCUAGCUGAAACUGAAACAGUAAUGAAUGAUAAGGAAAUAGGAGAAAGCUAUUCCCAAGAAUCAAGCCCUUCAAUGCAAACCAGUGCGCCAAAAGGGAUAAGAAAAAUUUUUGGAAAAAUAAAGAGAAGUGGUUCAGGAAAUCUCGAUGAACUGCCUCAGGACGAACCUUUCACCAGGGGUGGAAUCAGAUCUACUGCCGGGCCUAGGCUUUGUGGAAGUACAACGUCUACUGCCAGGAGCGAAGUUCCUUUUGCUGAGUGGAACAUAGAUUAUAUUUGUGAUUGGCUAAAAGAAAUCGGUCUUGACAGUAGUAUCCCUGAAGCUAGGAGGUGGAUUAAGUCCGGCAGCAGUCUUUUGUCUGCUACUCCUCAUGAAAUUGAUAAAGAGCUUAAUAUCAAGAAUGGCCUUCUGAGGAAAAAGUUGCACUUGGCCCUGGAGGCUGAGCGAGGAUCCGGCAGCGACCCGCUGUUGAGCAGUGCAUCGAGGCUGGAGGCAGGGUGGGUCCUGCGCUGGUUGGAUGACAUUGGGCUGCCUCAAUACAAGGCAGGCUUCAUGUCGGCGAGGAUAGAUGGCAGGGUUCUCCAUCGACUAACCCUUGAUGAUUUACAUUCCCUCCAUAUUAGUCUAGCUCUUCAUGUAGCCAGCAUCAGGACAGGCAUUCAGGUUCUUCGUAAAGAGAGCUUUGACCCACAUUGCCUUGUAAGGAGGUCAGACCCUGAAGCUGAAGAAAGAGUAGAAUUAUGGACAAAUCAUAGAGUUAUGGAGUGGUUAAGAGCUAUUGAUCUUGCCGAAUAUGCUCCCAAUCUCCGAGGAUCUGGUGUGCAUGGUGGGCUUAUGAUUCAUGAGGAAAAGUUUACUGACAAUCUUCUCGCUGCUCUUCUUUCAAUCCCACAAGAAAAAACUCUCCUGCGAAGGCACCUUUCAACUCACUUCAAAGAUCUUGUAGGAAACGAUAUUAUGCAGAAAAAGAGAGAAGCAGAAACUGUUUUGGGUUAUAUACCUCUUACUACCACAUCGAAGGCCAAGAUUCCUAAGAAGUCACAAUUUACUUUAAAAAGAAAAAAGAGUAAAUAUGAUAUAGACGACGGCGAACUUGUUUGCCCACUGGAUUUUAGCAAAAGUAAUCAAAGUACAGGUGAAAAUUCACCCAAUCUCAGUAAAUCUCCAAAUCAUCACGUGGCUGCCUCUCCUGACAAGAUGACACUUUCAUCACAAGUUUGAAACCACAAGAAACUUUCUGAAAACUUAAUUCUAAACUAUUACUGCUUUCUAUCCUUUAUUUUCCUAUAUUUAUCGGGAAUCAGAAGGAUACGUUAUGAGUAGUCUUUAAGAGUAUUUAUAAUUGUUGACUCCGAAUAAUUUCUGUAAAUAAGUGGCAAUAAUUGAAUUGGUUUUAUUGGAUUGGUAUGACUAUGUAAUUUUAUACAUAUCAUAUUGAAACUAAUUACAUUUAUAUUUUGUUUCUUCUUCUUCUAGUUUUGUCCAAUUCAAAAGCCACUACAAAAUUUAGUUUUAAGAUUCGUCUUCCGAACAUAAAAUAAAAUUGUUGCCAAUUGUAUUUUUAACACUAUUGUUUAAUUUUAUACCAUUAUAUCGAAAUAACAUAAUUUAAAUAUUUUAUCUUUGUUAUAUAUUAAGGGACCAAUUGGUACAGACCUCAGAAUUGAAUUUAAAAAAUACCAUGGUCCAUUCAAGAAAAAUAAAAAUAAAUCUCAGUAUUGUUUGUAUUUAUUAUUUUCAUUGCGUUGCUUCUGUGAAAGUAUUUUUAAUGGAGCUUAUUUUUAUACCUUAAUGAAUCAUCUGAGGUAUAUCAGUUUUGUAUUACUUGUUGUGAAUAAGCUUUUAAAAUUGUGCCUGCUAUAUAAAGUAUUGUUAAGUUAUUAUGUGUUUCAUAUGAUCUAUUUUAUUUAUUUUUGUUUAUUUCAUAAGCAUCUUCUGUACUGAGUGUAUAUUGUUACUCUGCAAAUUGUUACUUGCGGUUUUAAUUUUAAAUGUAUUAUUAACAUUUAUGAUCAUUUUAAAGCUUUAAACUGCUUUCUAAAUUAAAUAAAAUGCAGUAGAUUAUUACAUAUUGGCAUAGAUUAUAUAGAUAUCAAUGAAUGUUAAUAUUAUUGCACUGUAAUUUUACACAUAUUCGAGUGCCAAAUUUAUUUCUAAAAAUUCUGAACCUCCUCAGCCUUUUGAGCUUGCUUAUUCGCAGUUCUAUGACAAUAAACUUGCCUCAUAUGUUAACAUAUCUUUUAUGCAAUGUUAUCAAAUAUAUGAUAUAUUAUAACACUUUUUUC